GCGCGGAACACGGAGGAAGGGCUGCAGGACGUGGACAAGGUGGUGGCACAGUACCGCCAUGGCUGCCUCUGGUGGGUGUCCCCGUGGCUGCCGGUCCUCCGCCUCUUCCACCCCGACACCCUGCGCCCCAUUCUGAUGGCCUCAGCCUUCAUCGCCCCCAAGGACAAACUCUUCUAUGGGUUCCUCAAGCCCUGGCUGGGGGACGGGCUGCUGCUGAGCCGUGGGGACAAGUGGGCCCGACACCGGCGCCUGCUGACGCCCGCCUUCCACUUCGACAUCCUCAAGUCCUACAUCAGCAUCUUCAACAGCAGCACCCACAUCAUGCACACCAAGUGGAGGGCUGCAGCAAAGGCAGCAGGGGGGGCGGUGGGACGGAACAUGCUGGAGGACCUCAGCCUCCUCACCCUCGACACUCUCCAGAAGUGCAUUUUCAGCCAUGACAGCCACUGCCAGGAGCAGCGCAGUGAUUACAUCGCAGCCAUCCUGGAGCUCAGCACUCUGGUGGUGCGGCGGCAGCAGCACCUGCUCCACUACACCUCGUGGCUCUACCGACUCUCAGCUGAUGGACGACGCUUCGCCCGAGCCUGUGCCACGGUGCACAGCUUCACUGCCGACGUGGUGCAGCGCCGGCGCCAGGAACUCAACCGCCUCGGCCACCAGGCAUGGCUGAAGGGCCGCCAGGGGCGAAGCAUGGACUUCAUUGACCUCCUGCUGCUCACCAAGGAUGAGGACGGCAAUACUCUGUCUGACGAGGACAUCUCAGCUGAAGCUGACACCUUCAUGUUCGAGGGGCACGACACAACGGCCAGUGGCUUGGCAUGGCUGCUCUACAACCUGGCCCACCACCUGCACUACCAGGAGCAAUGCCGUCAGGAGGUCCAUGAGCUCCUCAAGGGCAGAGAUGUGGAGGAGAUAGAAUGGGAGGAUCUGUCCCUCCUGCCCUUCACCACCAUGUGCAUCAAGGAGAGCCUCCGCCUGCACCCACCUGUCACCGCCGUGUCCCGGCGCUGCACUGAGGACAUCACCAUGCGUGACGGACGUGUCAUCCCCAAGGGGGUCAUCUGCUUGAUGAGCAUCUACGGGACCCACCACAACCCAGAGGUCUGGCCUGAGCCCCAGGUCUACAACCCAAUGAGGUUCAGCCCGGAGAACAGCAAGGGACGGUCCCCAUUGGCCUUCAUUCCUUUCUCUGCCGGGCCCAGGAACUGCAUCGGGCAGAGCUUUGCCAUGGCCGAGAUGAAGGUGGUGGCCGCGCUGACGCUUGCACGCUUCGCCAUCAGGCCGGACCCGGCGAGGCCGGUGCGCCGCAAGAGCGAGCUCAUCCUCCGGGCCGAGGACGGGCUCUGGCUGCAGCUGGAGCCGCUAUCGGGGAUGCCCUGAGGAGCAGGGACGUGGGGACGGUGGCUUGUCCUGUCCAAGUGAGGAAUAAAUGGUGGCACAGAGGG